UCCCCCACUCCUCCAACCACCUUCGCCGUAAACAAAACUGUCCCCCCGGGCGGAGAGAGGUCGCGCUCUUUCGCACACUCCCUCGCCAAGGGUUAAUUUCUCAGAUCGCACGAGGGGGAGGAGAUUUCCCUGUAGACGAGUAAAAACGGUGAUGGACAAACGUGCGGGCACUAAGACCGCAAGGCAUUCAUUUCCUCCUACGGUGGAUGCGGACGCCGGGAGGAGGAGAGCCCCAGAGAGAGGAGCUGGGAGCGGAGGCGCAGAGAACACGUAGCGACUCCGAAGAUCAGCCCCAAUGAACAUGUCAGUGUUGACUUUACAAGAAUAUGAAUUCGAAAAGCAGUUCAACGAGAAUGAAGCCAUCCAAUGGAUGCAGGAAAACUGUUGCUGACUUUGGCUUUGAAGUCAUACAGAAGCCAGUUUGAACAGAGAACUCACUCCAUUUUUACAAGGAAGAAAUCUUUCCUGUUUUCUGCUCUGUAUGCUGCCUUUAUAUUCGGUGGUCGGCACCUAAUGAAUAAACGAGCAAAGUUUGAACUGAGGAAGCCAUUAGUGCUCUGGUCUCUGACCCUUGCAGUCUUCAGUAUAUUCGGUGCUCUUCGAACUGGUGCUUAUAUGGUGUACAUUUUGAUGACCAAAGGCCUGAAGCAGUCAGUUUGUGACCAGGGUUUUUACAAUGGACCUGUCAGCAAAUUCUGGGCUUAUGCAUUUGUGCUAAGCAAAGCACCCGAACUAGGAGAUACAAUAUUCAUUAUUCUGAGGAAGCAGAAGCUGAUCUUCCUGCACUGGUAUCACCACAUCACUGUGCUCCUGUACUCUUGGUACUCCUACAAAGACAUGGUUGCCGGGGGAGGUUGGUUCAUGACUAUGAACUAUGGCGUGCACGCCGUGAUGUACUCUUACUAUGCCUUGCGGGCGGCAGGUUUCCGAGUCUCCCGGAAGUUUGCCAUGUUCAUCACCUUGUCCCAGAUCACUCAGAUGCUGAUGGGCUGUGUGGUUAACUACCUGGUCUUCUGCUGGAUGCAGCAUGACCAGUGUCACUCUCACUUUCAGAACAUCUUCUGGUCCUCACUCAUGUACCUCAGCUACCUUGUGCUCUUCUGCCAUUUCUUCUUUGAGGCCUACAUCGGCAAAAUGAGGAAAACAACGAAAGCUGAAUAGUGUUGGAACUGAGGAGGAAGCCAUAGCUCAGGGUCAUCAAGAAAAAUAAUAGACAAAAGAAAAUGGCACAAGAAAUCACACGUGGUGCAGCUAAAACAAAACAAAAUAUGAGCAAACACAAAACCCAAGGCAGCUUAGGGAUAAUUAGGUUGAUUUAACCCAGUAAGUUUAUGAUCCUUUUAGGGUGAGGACUCACUGAGUGCACCUCCAUCUCCAAGCACUGCUGCUGGAAGACCCCAUUCCCUCUUUAUCUGUCAACUCUAGGACAAGGGAGAACAAAAGCAAGCCAGAAGCAGAGGAGACUAAUCAAAGGCAGACAAAGGCUAUUAACACACAGGAAAAAAAUGUAUUUACUAAGUGUCACAUUUCUGUAAGAUGAAAGAUUUUUACUCUAGAAACUGUGCGAGCACAACACACACAAUCCUUUCUAACUUCAUGGACACUAAACUGGAGCCAAUAGAAAAGAUAAAAAUGAAAGAGACACAGGGUGUAUAUCUAGAACAAUAAUGCUUUUGCAGAAACUAAAGCCUUUUUAAGAAAUGCCAGCUGCUGUAGACCCCAUGAGAAAAGAUGUCUUAAUCAUCCUUAUGAAAACAGAUGUAAACAACUAUAUUUCAACUAACUUCAUCUUCACUGCAUAGCCUCAGGCUAGUGAGUUUGCCAAAACCAAAGGGGGCGAAUACUUCCCCAGGAUUCUUCCUGGGAGGAUGGAAACAGUGCAGCCCAGGUCCCAUGGGGGCAGCUCCAUCCUAGAGCAUUUCUGAUAGUUGAACUGUAAUUUCUACUCUUAAAUGAGAUAUGAAGCAUUAUCCUUUUGUUCGGUUGCCCCAGGCUUUUGAACAGAAGAGUAAAUACAGAAUUGAAAAAGAUAAACACUCAACGAAACAAUGUGAAAACGGGUUCUGUAGUAUUUGUAAAAAGGCCCAGCCCAGGACCACUGUGAGCUGGAAAAGGGAGAAAGGCAGUGGGAAAAGAGGUGAGCUGAAGAUCAAUUUGGAGACAGACGGUGUGUAUGCCCCUCCCUGUUUGACUUCACACACACUCACAACUUUCCAAAUGAAACCCCACAGUAUAGCGCAUAUUUUCGAUAUUUUUGUGCAUUCCAAAAGGAAAUCACAGGGCUGUUCCUGAUAUUGGGGGAACACUGUGUUUCUGCAUCAUCCACAUUUGCUCCCCAAGCAAUGUAGAGGUGUUUAAAGUGCCCUCUGCUGGCUGAGUGGCAAUACUACAACAAACUUCAAGGCAAGUUUGGCUGAAAACAGUUGACAACAAAGGGCCCCCUAUACACUUAUCCCUCAAAUUUUAAGUGAUAUGAAAUACUUGUCAUAUCUUUGGCCAAAUCAGAAGAUAUUCAUCUUGCUUCAAGUCAGCUUCAGAAAUGUUUUAAAAGGGACUUUAGCUCUGGAACUCAAAAUCAAUUUACUAAGAGCCAUAUUCUUUAAGAAAAAAAAAGCUGGAUAAUAUUAUCUGUAAUAUUUCAGUCCUUUACAAGCCAAAUACAUGUGUUAAUGUUCCUAGUAUUUCAAAGAAGCAAUUAUGUAAAGUUGUUCAAUGUGACAUAAUAGUAUUAUAAUUGGUUAAGUAGCUUAAUGAUUAGGCAAACUAGAUGAAAAGAUUAGGGGCUUCCACACUGCAUAGAUUACACGCACAUAGCCACGCAUACACACAGACACACAGAUGUGGGGUACACUGAACUUCAAAGCCCAAAUGAAUAGAAACACAUUUUCUGGCUAGCAGAAAAAAAACAAAACUGUUGUUUCUCUUUCUUGCUUUGAGAGUGUACAGUAAAAGGGACUUUUUCGAAUUAUUUUUAUAUUAUUUUAGCUUUAAUUGUGCUGUCGUUCAUGAAACAGAGCUGCUCUGCUUUUCUGUCAGAGAUGGCAAGGGCUUUUUCAGCAUCUCAUUUAUGUGUGGAAUUUAAAAAGAAUAAAGUUUUAUUCCAUUCUGUGUGAA